UGUUCUCCACCAUUCUCUUUCUCUGUCUGUUCUUUCAAUUUCCGUCCUCAUUUCAAACCCUCAACAACAAAGAAAAAUCCAUCUCCGUUUUUGAUUCCUGCCCAAGCUUCCUGCUUUACCGUCUGAUCUGCUGCUUUUCUUUGCGCACCACCUCUGAAUUUUGAUUUCCUAACUUCGUUUUUUCUCUCAAUUGGACUGGGGAGCGCCGAUCAGGAUCUCCGCCGUGCGGGGCCGAGGUAGCAAGCAAUCUCCGGUCGGGAGUGCGGCGGCUGGGAGACAACGCGAGCAGGAGUUUGCUGAUCAGUUCUGACAGGGAGCAGAAGGUGUGAGAGAGAAGGGGACAGGAUUUGUAUGAAUAUUUUAUAGAAGAAAGGGGUGAGAAAUAAUUCAAAACAUGAGAGAGAGAGAGGAGAGAGAUGAUACCAUGUGGUUAACGUGCAAUGUAGGGAAAACAGCGAGGAAAAAAUGAAGAGCGAGAAAGGAAGGCAUCGAAGAAGAAGCUUUGAAGGAGGAGGAAGAGGAGUUGGAGGAGGAGGUUUUUUGCACGGCACAGAUUCCUAGAUCUCUUCUGCAAUCUCCCUUGCCCUUGCCUUUUGCCGCAAUUUAUUCCUUUUCUUGUCUCUCUUAAAUUCUCAUCUGAUUAUUUUCUCCAUCUUUCUCUCUCUUGUUCAAAUCUCUCAUCAAAUCCUCGUGUUUAUCUCCUGCUAACCUUUUGUGCCAUUUCCUUUCUGUUUCCCUUAUUUAUUUGUUUUUGUUUUUUUCUUGAGUAUUUCGCUGCUGAUUUCUUCGCUAAUUCUGGGCGAUGGAGUUAUGAACUUGGAGGUUUUGUCGGUGAGUGGAGGAUCAUCUUAAAAUUCCUUACUGUAAUUGAUGUGUAUGUGCAUUGGUAGAAGCUAAAGGUCUUGACUUGGCGUGUAUCUGCCAGCAUAGCUGAGAUGAUGAACACUGGGUUCUCGUCUUCAUCAUUCUUUUCUGAAGAGAGGCAGAUCGAUACGAGGAACGCGGGAUUUUCCAUGAAUAAUUACUCUGGUGUGAAAUCAGAGGGAGGAUUGAAAAUGGAAGCACCAGCUUCAUCAUCUCUUGAGAACAGGGUGCCGUCAGAAUCACCGAUGGCGAAUGGUUUUACUCUUCCUGACUAUUAUAUGAACGGUGGUCGAAAUCUCAACCUUCCAUUACGGAGGCAUAUCAUUGGAGCGGAACGGGAAGCCAGUCGUUCCUUGCCGACUGCUGUUGAUCAUGAUUUGGGUUCCAGAAUUAGACUAAAUACAGAUUCGACAUCCUACCUUUUUGAUGGCGAGAGGUUAAAUCUCAUGGGUGCUCAGCACGAGAACAGUCUCUUUUCGAGCUCUUUGUCAGAUAUAUUUAGCCGAAACUUAAAUUUAUCAUCAAAUAAUGUCGAACCCAGGCACUCUGUUGUGCCUGCUGUUCCUCUUACCUCCCAUUAUGAGGAAGAUGAAGCUUUUGAAUCGCUUGAAGAGCUUGCAGCUAAAACAAUUGGAAAUCUUCUACCAGAUGAUGAUGACUUGCUUUCGGGUGUGACUGAUGGGUUAGGUAGUAGUGUUCGAACUAAUAAUGGAGAAGAUAUGGAAGAUCUAGACCUGUUUAGCAAUGUUGGAGGAUUGGAGCUCGGAGAUGAUGGCUUCUCACAAAGGGCUUCUGAAUUUUCUGAUGUGAAAUCUAACAAACAGCUGGUUUUGUCUCCGGGUCUGAAUGGCGCAGAACACCCUUUUGGAGAGAAUCCUUCUCGAACUCUCUUUGUGAGAAAUAUAAAUAGCAAUGUUGAAGAUUCUGAAUUACGAGCGCUUUUUGAGCAAUAUGGAGAAAUUCGGACUCUGUACACAGCAUGUAAACACCGGGGGUUUGUUAUGAUCUCGUACUACGAUAUAAGAGCUGCUGGGAAUGCAAUGCAAGCCCUUCAGCAUAAACCAUUGAGGCGAAGGAAACUCGACAUACAUUUUUCGAUUCCCAAGGAGAAUCCAUCAGAAAAGGAUUUAAAUCAGGGCACGCUUCUGGUUCUCAACGUUGAUUCUUCUGUUUCAAACAAACGACUCUCUGAAAUUUUUAGUGCCCAUGGAGAAGUUAAAGAGGUUCGAGAGUCGCUACACGGAUCUGAUUGCAAAUUUAUCGAGUAUUUUGAUGUCAGAUCUGCAGAAUCUGCACUUCAUGCCCUAAACAACAGUGAAAUUUCUGGAAAGCAGAUUAAGCUCGAACCUGGUCAUCCUGGUGGAUCUAAAAGAUUAUCACUGCAUCCAUUGUCUACUAAGGAGCUGGAAGAGUCUGCUCUAAUGUUUCAUCAACAUAUCUCAUCUAGUAACUUAACAGCAGGACUUUCUGGAUCGCUUUCACUCGGGGACUCAGCAACCAGCACAGACAAAGGAACAACACUCGGUCCAUUCUCAUCAAAUGGAGGCCUAAUUAAUCCACUCCUGGAAAAUAUCCGUCGUCCUGGAGUACCAUCCAACGGGCUACCAAAUGUAGUCAGAGUUGAACCAGGAAACCCGUCUAGCUUCACUGAAUCAGGCCUAUUGCCCAACCACCUGAAAUACGAGCGCCAAGGGCUGUCAAAUCUUCACCCACAUUCACUUCCUGAAUACCGUGAUGGCUUAGCAAACGGUAAUGCCUUUGGCUCUCCGAAUAACAGGGCUGCAAGCAUAACUUCUCGUCCACAAGAAAUGAUCGGCAGCCCACAGUUUCGAAGAGUCAACUCUAAUGGGCAGCCGAUUGAGUUAACUGAAGUUUUCGGUUCCUCAGGAAACGGGAGCGGCCCCCCUCCAGGGCAUCAUUACAUCUGGAACAAUUCGCAUCAUGGGCAAGCUCAAUCCAUUUUAUGGCCAAAUUCUCCGACACUUGUCAAUGGGAUCGGAGCUUCUCGCCCCCAACAACUGCAUGCUGUUGCUCGAGCCCCGUCGCAUAUUAUAAAUCCUAUUAUGCCUCUAACUAACCAUCACGUGGGGUCCGCGCCAUCUGUUAAUCCCUCUCCCUGGGAUCGGCGUCAUGCUUAUGGAGAGUCACCUGAUGCGGCUGUAUUUCACCCGGGAUCGCUCGGGAACAUGGGCAUUUCAGGUAAUUCGCCACAUCCAAUGGAAUUCGUUCCUCGUAACAUCUUUCAGCAUAGCGGCGGAACUUGUAUGGAAGUGCCUAUGCAAUCGAAGAAUAUUGGAUUGCACCCCCUUCAUCAGCGUGGCUUGAUGUAUCCGGCGAGGGGCCAAAUGCUACCUAUGAUUGGCUCAUUUGAUUCGGCUAAUGAACGGGCUAGAACCCGUAGGAGCGAGGGCAGCUCAAGCCAGCCUGACAAUAAGAAACAGUUUGAGCUUGACAUAGACCGGAUUAUACGAGGAGAAGAUAAGCGCACGACUCUUAUGAUUAAGAACAUUCCUAACAAGUACACUUCAAAGAUGCUUUUGGCUGCAAUUGACGAACGCCAUAAAGGAACCUAUGAUUUCAUCUACUUGCCUAUUGAUUUUAAGAACAAAUGCAAUGUGGGCUAUGCAUUUAUAAACAUGACAGAUCCUUCGUUCAUAGUUCCUUUUUAUCAGACAUUCAACGGAAAGAAAUGGGAGAAGUUCAACAGCGAGAAAGUGGCAUCUUUGGCAUAUGCUCGCAUUCAGGGAAAGUCUGCGCUCAUUGCACACUUUCAGAAUUCAAGCUUAAUGAACGAAGACAAGCGCUGCCGUCCUAUUCUCUUCCAUACUGAUGGUCCUAACGCGGGCGAUCAGGUUCCCUUCCCAAUGGGGUCUAAUAUCCGACCAAGGCCAGGGAAAACUCGAAGCGGCACCCUGGAGGAAAGCAAUCAAGAAAUCCUCCCAAAUUCUCUCUCCGGAGAGGAAAAUUGCAACGGAGAUUCUUCUUCUGGUGACGGUGGCGUAGUUCAAAUAAUAUGCUCUGGCGAAUUUUGAGGACCAAUGGGAAAUGGAUCGAUGUUUAUCUGACCCAAAGCAGAAGGUGAAUUGUCGAUUUUGUUGUGAAGGUAAAGGGAGCAGUUUGAGGAGCUUCGAAAUUUUGAACAUUGUCUUUGCUGGUGGUCUGUAUAGAGUUUUUGAUGGUAAAUUUUGCUGUGGAAAGUGGCGAUUCCGCGGCAUUGCUCUGUUUUUCUUUUUUGGCUCUCGUGGCGCUGUUUUUGUUUCUCCAUUUUUCCCGGGUUUCGAUUGUGUCGUCGUUUUUAGGAUUUGGUAAGAGAAGUGGCGAACUCUUUUAGGAGGAAUUUUUGCUGUGAUUGAUGAUGAAUGGAUGAUGGCUGUUAUUUUGUAUGAAUCUCUUAUGAAACCUUUUUAUAAGUUAUGUUGGGGAGGAGCUGAUUUCUUGACUUGA